AUGGGAGCCCAACCAGAGCAAGCUCAGAAGCCCAGCUCACGGGUCCAGACCCUGUUUAAGAGGGUCAAGGCCUUCUUCACCAAAACCGGUCCCCCACCCCCACCCCCAGCCCCCUCCCGGAACCUGGGCUGUACCCACGUGUACGGGUAUGUGUUUGGGCACCUGGGGGAGAGAGAACCAGAGCAUCCCCCAUCGCAGCAGGUGCUGGACACAGGGGAGCAGCUGAUGGUCCCUGUGGAUGUCCUGGAAGUGGAUAAUGAGGGAGCCUUGUGGAAGUUCCUCCUCUCGGGAGCCAUGGCUGGGGCAGUGUCUCGCACGGGCACGGCCCCUCUGGACCGUGCCAAGGUGUACAUGCAGGUCUACUCCUCCAAGAAGAAUUUCAUGAAUCUGCUGGGAGGUCUCCGGAGCCUGAUCCAGGAAGGGGGCAUCUGUUCACUCUGGAGGGGCAACGGUAUCAACGUGCUCAAGAUUGCCCCGGAGUAUGCCAUCAAGUUCUCUGUCUUCGAACAGUGUAAAAACUACUUCUGUGGAGUGCACGAGUCCCCACCCUUUCAGGAACGUCUCCUCGCUGGCUCUCUGGCUGUGGCCACUUCCCAGACGCUCAUCAACCCCAUGGAGGUGCUGAAGACGCGGCUGACCCUGCGCCGGACUGGCCAGUACAAGGGGCUGCUGGACUGCGCCAGGCAGAUCCUGGAACAGGAGGGCACCCGUGCCCUUUACCGUGGGUACCUCCCCAACAUGCUUGGCAUCAUCCCGUAUGCCUGCACCGACCUGGCCGUCUAUGAGAUGCUCAAGUGUCUCUGGCUGAAAUCAGGCAGGGACAUGAAGGACCCUAGUGGCUUGGUCAGUCUGUCGUCUGUGACACUGUCCACCACCUGUGGACAGAUGGCGAGUUACCCGCUGACUUUGGUGCGCACCAGGAUGCAAGCCCAAGACACUGUGGAGGGUUCAAACCCCACCAUGUGUGGAGUCUUCCGGAGGAUCCUGGCCCAGCAGGGCUGGCCAGGGCUGUACCGAGGCAUGACCCCCACAUUACUGAAGGUGUUGCCUGCAGGCGGCAUCAGCUACGUGGUGUAUGAAGCCAUGAAGAAGACCCUGGGAGUAUAAGCAGUGAACUAGGCGACAUACCCUGGGCAGAAAUGGAGGGGAAGAUCCAGUGUCUCCUGGCCCCAAAGGGCCUUCCAGGCUCGGGACCGAAGGCAGACUUUUCAGGAGAAGCAGGCUGGUUGCCUGGGUCAGAAGAUUCCUGGUGCCUCCUCCCCUGGGUGCAGCCUGGGACUAGUCUGGACUCCAGUUUGGCUUGCUACGACUUGUCCUGGUUCCAGGGCAAAAGGGUGAACGUGGAG